UUGGGAGGGUCUGAGUGAAGGGGCACUGAGCUCAGUUAGUGAUUGGUUUCGGAGUGUUGGCAGUUCCAGCCCUGGGGGGUGAGAAGCCACAGUUUGGAUUGAACGAUCUGACAGGUGCUUCCCGAGGAAGCCCAUCCUGUGAGAGCCGCUGUUUCCGAUCGCAACUUCCCGCAGAAAGUCUGCAAACAGCAGGAGCCGCGAUCCCGGCCCUGGGAGCUGGAGCUCUCUACAACCGUUUCCAUCGAGAGUCUGCAAGUUGGUACCAUGAACUUCCUACUCCUCACACUCUGCGCUGUGGUAGGAAUGGGAUUUGCUCAGGAUCCUAACUUGGCCCACGGCUGUGCUCAAGGGAGCUGCUAUCCUGCUACUGGGGACCUGCUGGUGGGUCGUCAGAACAAGCUAACAGCGUCGUCCACCUGUGGCCUGAGGAGGCAGCAGCCAUACUGCAUUGUGAGUCACCUGCAGGAUGACAAAAAAUGUUUCAUCUGUGAUUCUCGUAAACCGUAUGAUCCAUUGCGAAAUCCCAACAGCCACAGAGUGGAAAAUGUGAUUACAACCUUCGCACAGUAUCGUAAGAAGGCCUGGUGGCAGUCAGAAAACGGUGUGUCCAAUGUCCACUUGCGUCUGGACCUGGAGGCAGAGUUCCACUUCACCCACCUCAUCAUGACUUUCAAGACCUUCAGGCCUUCCGCCAUGUUGAUUGAGCGCUCAGCAGACUUUGGCCGCACGUGGCAGGUCUAUCGCUACUUCAGUUAUGAUUGUGCCACUGACUUCCCACAUGUCUCUCAGGGACCCCUGAGAAAGGUGGAUGAUAUUAUCUGUGAAUCGCGCUACUCUGACAUUGAGCCAUCAACUGAAGGAGAAGUGAUCUAUAGGGUUCUGGAUCCAGCAAUUUCCAUUGAAGAUCCCUACAGUCCUCAGAUCCAGAAUUUGUUGAAGAUUACCAACCUACGUGUGAAUUUCACCAAGUUACACACCCUGGGAGACAACCUGCUCGAUUCACGGCAUGAGAUUGAGGAGAAAUACUACUACGCUGUCUAUGAAUUGGUGGUGCGAGGAAAUUGCUUCUGCUAUGGCCAUGCCAGUGAAUGUGCCCCCAUUGAAGGAAUCCGAGGAGAUAUCGAAGGAAUGGUCCAUGGCAGAUGUGUGUGCAAUCACCAUACGAAUGGGUUAAACUGUGAGAAGUGUGAUGACUUCUAUAACGAGCUGCCGUGGAGACCAGCAGAAGGACGGAACACCAAUGCUUGCAAACGAUGUAAUUGUAACAAUCAUUCUGGGAGGUGUCACUUCGACAUGGCAGUGUACUUAGCCACAGGAAACGUGAGUGGAGGCGUGUGCGACGACUGUUCCCACAACACAAUGGGCAGGAACUGCGAGAUGUGCAAAUCCUUUUAUUACCAAGACCCAUCCAGAGACAUCCGGGACCCCAGAGUCUGUGUUCCAUGUGACUGUGACCCUGACGGCACCCUCAAUGGCGGAAUUUGUGACAGUCGGGAUGAUCCAAACCUGGGAAUGAUCGCCGGGCAGUGUCGGUGUAAGGACCAUGUGGAGGGUCCUCGAUGUGACAAGUGUAAAGCUGGCUACUUCGGACUGAGUGCUGAAAACCCACAGGGCUGUCAACCCUGUUGGUGCGAUCCCUUUGGGACAGUAGCAGAUGGACUGCCCUGUGACCCUGUCAGUGGAGAUUGCUUCUGUAAGAGGCUCGUGACUGGGCGCAGCUGUAACCAGUGCCUGAGUGAACACUGGGCGCUGAGCCAUGACCUCAAUGGCUGUCGAGCCUGUGACUGUGAUGUGGGAGGUGCAUAUGACAACCUCUGCUCGAUGGAAACUGGCCAGUGUCGCUGUCGGAAUCAUAUUGUCGGCAGGCAGUGUACUAAUGUGGAGUCAGGGUAUUUCUUCAUGGCUCUCGAUCACUAUACCUACGAGGCAGAGUUGGCCCAGCUCGGCAUGGGAGCGACUGUUUCACAUCGGGAGUACACCGAAAGCCGUCCUGUCACGUGGACAGGAACUGGAUUCGCAAAGGUUCCAGAAAGGGGCGUGUUGCAAUUCCACAUUAACAACAUUCCGUAUUCGAUGGAAUAUGAUUUGGUAAUCCGCUAUGAACCACAGUUUCCAACGGAAUGGGAGAAAGUGUCCAUUUCCAUUAUUCGGCCUGGUCCCAUUCCUACCAGCAGCCCUUGUGGGAACACCAUUCCUGCUGAUGAUCUGUUAGUCACAAGCUUGCCAUCAGGCUUCAGGUAUGUGGUUCUCCCUCAGCCGGUCUGUCUUGAGCAUGCAGUCAGCUACACAAUCCGGCUUGAAUUCAAACGUUAUUCUUCCCGUGAGAGGAUUCCCAAUGCCAAUAUUCUUGUGGAUUCUAUUGUGUUGAUUCCUCGAUAUUCCUCCAUGGAGAUGUUUAUUGCUGGGGACGCAGCCUCCAUCAGGAGGAAGGAGACCUUUGAGCGUUACCGUUGCCAUGAUAACAGCGUUCCAGUUGUCAAGCCAACAAUAACUGACAUCUGUGCCAAACUGAUCAGCAGCAUGUCAGCUAUAAUCCACAAUGGGGCUGUAGCUUGCCGGUGUGAUCCUCAAGGCUCAGUGAGUUCGGAGUGUGAGCUGAAUGGUGGGCAGUGUCGAUGCAAGCCAAGAGUGACUGGCCAACGGUGUCAGCAGUGUGUUCCUGGGACAUAUGGCUUUGGCCCAAUGGGCUGCAAGGCUUGCAAUUGUAAGCGGGAGGGAUCGUACAACAUGUUCUGUGACCAGCUGACUGGGCAGUGCCAGUGCCGGGCUGGAGCAUUCGGCAGGCAGUGCAGAGAGUGCCAGCCUGGUCACUGGGGUUUCCCAAACUGCCGGCUGUGUCAAUGCAAUGGGCUUACGGAGAACUGCGACCAACAAACUGGAGCCUGCCUUAACUGCCGAGGCAACACUAUGGGGCAAAACUGUGAGCGAUGUGCUGCUGGUUACUAUGGAAACCCCAUACUGGGUUCUGGAGAUCAGUGCCGUCCUUGCCCCUGCCCUGGAGGCCCCAGCAGUGGCCGACAUUUUGCCACCUCAUGCUACCAGGAUCCUGGGACAAGACAGGUGGUGUGCAACUGUGACCAGGGAUACACAGGGAUGGUUAAACGAUCUGGUGGAUGGCACCGUUCUCGAUGUGAAGAAUGUGCACCGGGUUACUAUGGUAACCCCUUGUUACCGGGCGGUCGAUGUUUGCCCUGUAUGUGCCACAACAAUAUUGAUGUCAACGAUCCUCAGUCAUGUGACCGACAGACAGGACAGUGCCUGAAAUGCCUGUACAACACGGAGGGGGCUCACUGUGAACGUUGUCGCCUGGGUUACUAUGGUGAUGCCUCUCGACGCAGCUGCAGAAAAUGUAUGUGUAAUUAUCUGGGCACCAGGCCUGACCAGUGCCCAUCGAGGGACGAGUGUGCAUGUGAUCGAAGCACAGGGCAGUGCUCCUGUCUGCCCAAUGUGAUCGGCCAGACCUGCAAUCGCUGUGCUCCAAACUACUGGAACCUGAACAGUGGGUCAGGCUGCGUGCCCUGCCGAUGUACCAGCAUCAACUCCUUUACAUCCAAAUGUAACGAGUUCACUGGCCAGUGUCAUUGCCGCCCUGGCUUCGGGGGUCAGUCUUGCACAGAUUGCCAGGAGAAUUACUGGGGUGAUCCUAACGUGCAGUGUCGAGUUUGUGACUGUGACCAUCGAGGCAUUGCUACCAGCCAGUGUGAUCAGGUGACUGGGCAUUGCAUGUGCCGUCAAGGGGUAUCUGGGGUGCGUUGUGACAAAUGUGCCCGUGGGUUCUCAGGACAGUUCCCGGACUGCUACCCUUGCCACCAGUGUUUUGGAGACUGGGAUCGCAUUGUGCAGGACCUAGCAGCUCAAACAAGGAGUCUGGUGGAAAGAGCCAGUGAGAUUAGACUGACUGGAGUCAGUGGUUUCUAUGAAAGUAACUUCCGUGGCCUGGAGGAGAAGUUGCUGCAAGCUCAGAGGAUUGUAAAUGCACGAAACGCAACUGCUGUAGCAGUGGCUGAGCUCAUGAAUGUGAUAAGCAAUCUACGGAACCAAAUUUCUGGGACCACAAACAUCUUGAAUGGACUUGAAGAUGUUCUAACUGUAAUACAAAACCAGAACAGCGGUGCCAGUGUGGAACUGAGUAACCUGGAACGCGAAGCAAGAGCUCUAAAUCUUUCCAGCAAGGAGCUGUCCAGACAACUUGACAUACUGAAGCACUCCAAUUUCCUUGGGGCUUCUGACAGUAUACGAAACUCAUACGAUCAGUCGUGUCAGGCAGAAAGGAUGGUAAAUAUUUCCACGGUGACUCUUCCCAGUAUUAUCAGUGCAUCUGCUGUCACCCGUCGUAAGACAGAGGUCUUGAUGAGAACGAGAAAGGAUGAUUUCAAUCGGAAGAAUGCUGCCAACAGACGUGCUCUCAAUGACUUGGCUGCCAAAGUACAAACGUUAAAUUUGAAGAACAUUAAUGAAAAGGUGUGUGGUGCUCCUGGAGAUUUACCAUGUGUCGACAGCCCAUGCGGUGGAGCUGGAUGUUUUGAAGACGAUGGAACCAGGCACUGUGGGGGUCUGAACUGCAAUGGUGCAGUUGCAGUAGCUGAUACUUCUCUUGAUCGAGCCCAACAGUCAGAAGAGGAGCUUCAGAGAGCAAUGAGUGAGGUGGAGGAAUUAUUUCAGAAGAUUGCUCUGGCUAAGGUAAAGGCAAAUGAAGCAAAGCAGAAAGCUCAGGUGACUUUGGACAAAGCAAAUGAUGCCAAGGACCGGAUUAAUCGCUCAAACAAAGAACUGCGUGACCUCAUAAAGCAGAUCCGAGACUUCCUUACACAGGAGGGUGCAGACCCCGAUAGCAUUGAGAUGGUGGCCAGUCGGGUUCUGGAGCUCUCAAUUCCUGCUUCCCCUCAGCAAAUCCGUCACCUUGCAGAGGAGAUCAAAGACAAGGUCAGUAGUUUGUCAAAUGUGGACACCAUCUUGGAUCAGACUGCCGAUGAUGUGAGGAAAGCAGAACAGCUCCUUCAGGAUGCAAGAAGGGCAAGGAGCCGUGCAGAAAAUGUUAAAAACACAGCCGAGGCAGUGAAGCAAGCCCUGGAGGAGGCUAGCCAAGCUCAGCACGCUGCGCAAAGUGCAAUCAGCCGUGCAAAGGGAGACAUAGAAGAGACUGAUCAGACCCUAAAUGGGAUACGGAGUGAAACUGUGAGUGCGGAGAGAGAGUUGAUGAAGGCCAUGGACAGACUAGCACAGCUUGACAACAGAAUCGAUGCAUUAAAAAUGAAACGAGCCAACAACAGCCUGGUGGCAUUGCGUGCAGAAGAAACUGCUUCAGUGGCACGAGAUAAAGCCAACGAAGCCAAACAGAUGUUGGAGGGACAGCUCUCCGAUAAAUAUAAAAUUGUGCGCGGUCUUAUAGAUCGAAAGAGCGGCACAGUUUUCGAUGCUAAACACAAAGCAGAGAGCCUUCGAGAUGAAGCCAAGCAGCUCCUGAGAGAUGCACAAGACAAGCUGGAGAGAUUGAACGAUCUUGAGGAUCAAUAUGAAGCGAAUGAACAGCUUCUGGAGGAAAAGGCCCGUCAGCUGGAUGGCCUGGAGGAUAAGAUGAAAGAAAUUUUGACAGCUAUUAAUCAACAGAUCCAAAUCUACAACACCUGCCAAUAAAUAAACAAUUUCCAAAAAAGAAAAUAAACCUACAAAUAAAUAAGCAUUUGCAUUAUUAAGGCUUUAGAACAUCCAUAGCAAUAUCACAUGGCCCAGCUGUGAGGCACAAUAUUAUAUUUUGGCUUCUCUUGUGGACAAUACAAUUCCCGCUGUCGCACAAUAUACUCCCACAUUUAAGUUUCCUGCAAAAACUAUUAGAUACUGAAGACAAUAAGUAAAAAUACAAUGAGAAAGUCAUGAGGAGAGUAGCAUUCAUUGCAUGCUGAAGAAUUUGAUGUUACUUAAGCCCUUGAGUUAAACCAUGUGUGAACAUUCAAUUAAAAAGGAUUAUCAAUGGCAGCAUUGAUUCCAACUUAAAAACUUACAUGAAGUAUAUAAUUCAACAAAAUUCAAAGUAAGGAAUAUGUAGGAGAAAUAGCUUGGGUAAAAUAAUUUCAAUGCCAUUCCGACUCAAGAAAUGACAACUGAUAAUUAUUACACAAUUCACUAACACCAUUUGUGAAUAGGACUCACAAUCAGAUUUUCACUUAAAUUUUAGAUGUUCCUUAUAAUUUACUUUUGAAUGAAGAACCUAUGGUUAUCUUCUCCUCCUUACACUUUACAAUGAUGGUGAAACGCUAGAAGUUUCUGGAAAUUAUGCGGGAGUGCAAUGAGUCAGAAUCUUGCCUUGUGUAAAAUUAAAGAAUGUCCUACAGUCAAUAGACAACAGGUGCAGGAGUAGGCCAUUCGGCCCUUCGAGCCAGCACCACCAUUCAUUAUGAUCAUGGCUGAUCGUCCACAAUCAGUAUCCUGUUCCUGCCUUAUCCCCAUAACCCUUGAUUCCAUUAUCUUUAAGAGCUCUAUCCAUAUCUUUCUUGAAAUAGUCAUAGUUUCAUACAAUACAGUCUGCAUUGACAAAAACGAAGAUUUGUUUUGCCAAUUCAUCACUUGAAAAGAAUUCGGGAUAUUUUCUGGUGGAAACUGCCAACUUAAUUUUUAUGAUUACUACUUUGUAGUGUAAUCUGCUAAUUUGAAGCAGUUGUUUGGAAUUAAAAGAGCCCCAAUUCCUGUUCUAAAUGGAGAAUUUCCCUAUUUGCCUUCCAAAUCCUAAGUGUUUUAACCCUGUAUAAAAUUAUAUCCAUGCAGCAUUCAAUCUAAUUUCAUUUGGUUGGUUGUAAUUAUUUCCGUGAUGUUAAAAGUGUUUUCUGAAAAUAUCCGUAGCUUUUACAGCAAUUGGUUUCAUGACAUCAGACACCAGAAUGGGAAUCUUUAAAUUUCAACAUUUUACCACAAGCACAGGACCCCCAACAACCAAAAUCCACAAAUACCAAAGUAUUUUGAUAUCCCUGUUCAAAUCUGGAUUCUAUCCUGAUAAUAAAUUGUUUUUUAUAUGUGAAAGAAUAAUUGUUAGUCACUUUUGAAGUUCGCACCUUUUCACCAAUUCGUCCUUGGUCUGAGCCGCAAUGUCAGAUCUUUUUAUUUUGACACCAAUUUCUGACAAUUACAACUUUUUAAACACUUAAUGUGAUGUUGCAUUUUAACAUGUAGUGCACAGUUAGCUUAACAUUUCCGCAUGAACAUAACUGCACCUCAAGCCCACUAAUACAACACAGCCCAUUUAAACUGUGCUCAACAGGUGGAAGAAUUGGUAAUUUGAAUGAUGUCAGUGUAAACAUUAAUGUUGUUGACAGCUGAGACUCAGUAACAUUCUUGCCUCAGUUAAAAAAGUAUGGGUUCAAAUCCCAUUUCAGAGCACACCCACAAAGAUCAAUGCUGGCAGUCUAUUGUAGUGAGGCUGUGCUCUGCUGUUGGAGAUGUUCUCAAUUGGAUGGGAUUUUAAAACCAAUGCCCUGACUUCCCUUUCAGGUGAAUAUAAAUGAUCCCAUGUGGCUACUUGUCUUGAACAGUAGAGGAGUU